AUGAUCAAUAUCUGCCUUGUAUGCGAAGAACCAGCAAAUGGAAAACACUUUGGAGCCAUUACCUGUAGAGCUUGUGCGGCAUUUUUCAGACGAGUCGCUCCAAAACCCCAAGCAAUCCGUCCCUGCAAAUUCAAAAAUCGGUGCAAAUUAUUCAAAAAAGGAUGCUUCACUUGUAAAUUUUGUCGACUCCAAAAAUGUUUCAAAGUUGGAAUGAGCAUGGAAACUUUCCAAUUUGAUCGAGAUGCGUAUAAAGUGAGAGAAAUGGUUCAAUUGGAUAGAAGAAUUCCAAUGACUCUGGACACCUUCACCGGAAACUCAAAUUUGAUCAUUUUUAGUUCCAAUUCUCAGGAUUUUCCCAGAAGUUUCAUAGAUCUCAGAUUCCUAAUUGAUCAAGCUCACCUAGUUUUUCAACAGGGACCCUCGACUCCUCUAUAUGCUGAAAAUCGUCUGAAAAAGAUGUCUCUUGGCUUAGUAAGUCUUCAGAAUGUUCCAGAAACUUCUGAAAAUACUAAAUUUGGUCAAAAAGAGGCCGUGGAACAAUUGGAGAGCCAAAUUUUGAGUGUGUCAAAAUGGUUAACCCACUUUGAUGAGUUCCAGAAACUUCCAAAGAGUUUGCAGAUAAAAAUUCUGGAAGGCACUUGGUCCGUAUGGUCUCGACUGGAAAAUCUAUCCAAGACUUCUCGACAAAUCAGACAAAAUUUUGAUGAAAACGUUUUGAAGCGGAUGAAAAAUGACACAGUCCUCAUGGAAUUUGGAAGUCCUGAAAUGGAUAUUACAUGGCUGUCAAAGUAUAAUAAAGAAGUCUACAAACAUCGGGAGAAAAUGGAUCUAGCCAGGAUAUUUGAGGUGUUCUGUGUAGACGUUUCGCAUCCGGACUUGUUUCUUUUAUGA